AUUGGACAUUGACAUUUCUUCGCAAAUUAGGUUUUUGAAGAAGUGGGGCAAUGGUAUAAAAAAUCAAUUUAUUGUGAUAAAUCAAACUCCCUACACCCGUUUUCUGUAUCUAUUCAGUGGAAUUAAUAAGCAGAAAUGGCUGGCGAUAAAGACGAAGCCGUCCCAGGCGGCGGUUCAGAAGAUAGGCUAGUAGCUAGCCAAAAUGAUGAUGGGAUCACAUCGCCUGAAAAUGUCGAUAUCAAUGCACAAAUUGACGAGCAGAGGGCAAGGAUGCAGCCAACGAAGUUGGAAUCCUUUUUCGCCAUUACCAAAUCAUUAAUUAUACGAGCUCUUAUUGUAUAUUUUAUAACUUCAAUGUUCCGUCAACCUGCCGCCCCCAAGCCGGACCUGAAGUCCCCCGCGGGAGGCGCGCCGCGCAUCCCCGCCAUCAACAUGUUCAACAAUGGCACAGUGCUGGACAUGUACUGCUACAUAUCUGAGAAGGAAUACCUUGACAAUAACUUUGAUGAUACAGAACUAACCUGGAAGCACACAGACUUGAUAUACGGGGAUUGGACUGGAGGCCCUCAAGGAGACGGCACAUUCACUCAUGCUGCUGACAUAAUUCCCUCAGAAUCUCUUAGAAAUAAUGGCUCAAUCUACCUCCAUAUUUACAUUCUUGAGUCGGGCAAGUCACCCAAUCCCAAAGACAAGAAUUUUGCUGGUCCUUACAUCACAUAUGGAAGGAAACAGUUGAACAAGUUCAAAAAGCUGAAGUACCAAAAAACACACAACUUACUGACCGGAGAAACUGAUAAAUCUGAGGAAGAGAAGAGGAAGGCUGAAAUUAUGACUGAGGAGAUAGUGUCCCACUGGCACCCGAAUCUGACCAUCAACCUGGUGACGGACCAGACCAACUGGAUGCCAGGCAGUGUGCCGCCACCACUGGACGAAUUCAUUCUGUUUGUGCCCGACGGCACCAAGUACAAGCCCGCUGUCUUCUGCAAUGACUACUGGAACAUGAUGAGGGACUAUGUGCCCAUCAACAAGACCACGACGGCCCUGCAGCUGCUGCUCACCUACCAGCCGCUGAGCCUGUUCAAGUGGCAGCUGUACACCGCGCAGGCCAUGCGGGACAAGCUCAGCAUGUUCUCCGCACUCGGCAACGAGGAGCAGGACGAGGACCAGGACACAGUGAAGGAGCUGCUGCUGGACACCUCCCCGUACCUGCUCGGGCUCACCAUCAGUGUCUCCAUCCUUCAUUCCAUAUUUGAACUGUUGGCAUUCAAAAAUGACAUCCAAUUCUGGAACAACAGGCAGUCUCUGGAGGGUCUGUCCGUCCGCUCCGUCUUCUUCAACGUGUUCCAGUCCACUAUAGUCCUCCUGUACGUGUUGGACAAUGAGACCAAUGUGAUGGUCAGAAUAUCCUGCGGCAUUGGACUGCUCAUUGAAAUAUGGAAGAUUAACAAAGUGAUGGAUGUGAAGUUCAACAGAGAAGACAAGGUUCUGGGCAUCUUCCCUCGGAUAUCGCUGACGGACAAGGGCUCGUACGUGGAGUCGAGCACGCGGCAGUACGACAUGAUGGCGUUCCGCUACCUGAGCUGGGCGUGCUUCCCGCUGCUGCUCGGGUACGGAGUCUACUCGCUGCUGUACAACGAGCACAAGGGCUGGUACUCCUUCAUCCUCAACAUGUGCUAUGGCUACCUGCUGACGUUCGGCUUCAUCAUGAUGACCCCUCAGCUGUUCAUAAAUUACAAGAUGAAGUCGGUGGCGCACCUGCCCUGGCGGAUGAUGACCUACAAGUUCCUCAACACCUUCAUUGAUGAUAUCUUCGCGUUCGUCAUCAAAAUGCCAACUAUGUACCGUUUAGGUUGCUUCAGAGAUGACAUCGUAUUCUUCAUCUUCCUCUACCAGCGAUGGAUUUACAAGGUGGACCACAAGCGCGUGAACGAGUUCGGCUUCUCCGGAGAGAUGGAGGAGCAGCAGAAAGCGGCCGGGAAGGCGCCCGCCAUCGCCGCCGCCGAGCCCGCUGACAAGAAGAAUGACUAGACAUGCUUGAGGGUUCAUUUACAUUAUUUAUUAUACCUAAGAGGCAUAGCAAAUGACGUAUUUUAACGUAAGACGUUUUGUCGUCUGAGUGUUUUAAAUACGUCCUGUGCUAUGGCUGUUAAUGAUGCGCUGUCGCGAUAAUAUGCCAGACGGAUUGUUUUAACAUUUGCAAGGUUGUACAUCGUGUGAGGCAUGAGUUUUAUUUAUAUUUUGAUAAGGUCUCAAUUGUCAGUUUACACAAGAGCCUGAACAGGUUAGUUAGAAUAUAUUUUUGUUAUUUGCUGUAUUAUUUUAAGUAAUUCAUGUACAAGGUAUUGUUGUUUUUUGGCUGUAGUUAGUUCAAUUUUGAAAGCACUUUUAUAAUAUAGUCGUGGAUGUUGUGUGGAUAUAAAUAUAACAUAUUAUAAACGUUAGAUAAGC